UUGAAUAUCUAUUUUAAGUUUUUAUUUUUAUCACAUCGCUAUUUUUAUUUCUAUUACAUAUAAUAUUUAUUUAAUAUGAACGACAGUAAUUUUCCUUUUCCACCAAGAAGUUCUCCUCAGAAUGCGAGAGAAGCUCAAGCGUUAUAUGAUCGUAUAAGAAAAACAGCUUUACUAUUGGAUUCACUCCCUUUAAAUGGAAUUAACUUGCCAUUUGGUUUGGAGUCAAUAAUAGGUUUUAUUAUACCGACGAUUGGUGAUUUUGUCGGAUUAAUUUUAGGACUAUAUCAAAUUUAUUUGAUAAGUUUCUUCGAUGUGCCGUUACCUCUUUUAUUAAAAAUGUUUAUGCAUGUUUUAAUUGACUGCAUUAUCGGAAUUAUACCCGUCGUUGGCGAUGUUAUCGAUGUCUUUUAUAAAGCAAAUAUUUACAAUUUGAAUAUUCUCGAGACUUGGUUAAGACAAAAAUACGGAAGUAACAUAAGGAUUUAUGAUAAAUAACGGAACUAGUCACUCAGACCUGUCUCCUCUAUUUACUUUUAUUUUGAAUAAAAAAAUAUAUUCAAAUUAAUUAUCAAAAAUACCAUAACAUUUUCAUAUUCGCCAUGCUUCGUCUUGAUUCAUCGCCUCCAUCGCGCUUUUAUAACCACCAUUUUUUGCUAAUGCCCUCUUCUUAAACCCCACAAUUGCAUUGUAAUAAUCAUAUUGAUCGCUAUCUUUUUUUGGUCGGCUUAAUUUUUUCGCAGUCAAUAAUUUAUCCGCGAUAUAAUGAAGCCAAAACACGUUAGUCUUUGGCCAAAAAGACUUCCAAUCGCCCUUAGACUCCUCUCGCAUCAUACGGUAUAUAUCAAAUUGAUAAUCGCCU